GGCCCCUCGACUACGCCGCAAAGCCAACCUCGACCCGCAGCGCACUUUGCCGGGUAAAAACUUGCCUGCGUCGCUCGAGUCGUCCAACGCGAUUACCCGAGGUGGGAACUGUGAGUUCGCUGUAGUAAAAGUGGUUCGUGUGCGAGUGUAUUUUUACGCUGUAUAUUCCAAACUGUUUUCGUGUGAAGGUCGUUUACCUAUACGCAGUGAUAAAAACUAUUCGUGCUGGUCGAAAAUAAUUUAAUGAAAUCAGAAAACAUCAAGAACGUCGCUGUCAAAAUAAGGCGGAAAAUAAAUAAAUAGGGCUAAACCAACGGCCGCUGCACGUGACUGUAGAAAAAGGACCUUAUUGAAAGUGUUAUUAGUGUUAUAAUUGAAUAACGUAAAUAGUUGAUGGCUGAUUCGUUGAAAGAAAUGAUGAUUACAUUUUUCGAUUACAAGCGAUGAUGAUAAAACUCUGUUCGUCCAAAAGAAUUUCUCUGAUCACCAUGGAUUGGAGAACACAAAGGCGAGUGCACAAAUACCGGUGAAGAUCAGCGAGGCCACAGCCUUUUGAAAUAGAUAAGAUGGAGAACUCAAGGCCGGAGCAGAGUUUUCAACCAGAUAAUGAAGAAUCAAAUAGCAAUAAUGAGACCGUCACAAAACCAGAAGAUAAUGGAGAAGUAGAAGCAUUUUCUGUGACUAAAGAUGAAAAAAGCAGUGAAAGUGACGCUAACAGUGAAGAUUUAAGCUCCAAUGAAGAACAAAGUAAUGUAAAUAGCAAUAGCAACUCUCAGUUUUAUGAGAGCAGUGAUAGUAAAAUAGAUUUCGCUGUAAAAAUAGAUGACAGUGAUACGUUAAGUGAUAUAGAAGAUAUUAAAACGGACACUGCCUCAGCUGACAGUGAAGAUUCAGCACUCGGUAGCUUGCCGCCGGACAACGUGUUGAACGACCGCGAGGAAGAAGUUCAAGACCGCUCCGAUGGCAGCGACUCGGGCAUAGGAUCAGAAACAAACGAAGAUGCUAAGUUGCCCUCUUUCAAUCUUUCCUUGCCAUGCACCAGUGGUAUCAACGUUUCAAACUCAAACAGCACAAAUCCGCCUGAAUUACCAAUAGUAGCAAACAAUGAAAAUAAUUUAAAUCAAAACGGCCAUAACUUAACUUUAGAGCAACAAACGAAACCCCUAAAAAGUAGCCUUAAAAGGAAACACGAGGGUGAUGAUGACAUUGUUGAACCUAAGCCUAAAAAAAGAAAAGAAAAUAUUAAAUUCGACAAUGUCACAGUUUAUUACUUUCCAAGGGCCCAAGGUUUUACAUGUGUACCGUCACAGGGCGGCUCGACUUUAGGAAUGGAGUGGGAACAUACACAUAUUCAACAUUUCACUUUGGCGGAACAUGCGCUAGAGCAAAGAAGAUUGCAUAGACAAAUCCUACAACAGUUAAAAAGCGAGCGGCACUCUAUACAGGGAGCAUCGCUGUCGUCCAGUGAAGAUAGUGACACAGAAGAAGAAGCAAGCGAUAUAUCAGAAUCGGAAUUAGAUUUAGACAGUUACUACUUCCUUCAACCUAUUCCAACACGACAAAGACGAGCGCUAUUGAGGGCUGCUGGAGUCAGAAAAAUUGAAGGUUAUGAAAAAGAUGAAUGUAGAGAUAUAAGGACCUCUCGCGAAUUUUGUGGGUGUUCCUGUAAAGGAGCUUGUAAUCCAGAAAGUUGCUCAUGUAGUAUAGCCGGCAUCAAAUGUCAAGUUGAUAGGCUCAACUUCCCGUGCGGGUGUACUCGUGAUGGGUGUGGCAACACAACUGGAAGAAUAGAAUUCAACCCCGUACGAGUCCGGACGCACUUUAUACAUACGCUUAUGAGAAUAGGUCUCGAAAAGAAAAACGAGGAAAACCAGGAAGCAGCAAAAAGACAAUGGGCCGAAGCACAUGGUGCUUCUACUUCGAUGUGCAUAGGAAACACAUCAUAUGAAAGAAAUCGUAACCAAAGUCAUGAAGAUGGUUUACUGCGUGAUGUAAGCUUAAGUCCAAGAGUCGAAGUUGAGUCUUGUGUGAAUGCUGGAAACUUUAAUAAUAUUCAUUGUGAUAUGAAUAAUGCAAGUGGCCAUACUGGUAUGCAAAAAGAUUUGGCUUAUGGAUACCGAAAUGAUACAACAAACCCGAGGAGUAUCAAUGGGACUAACAUGCAUUUUGAAAAUGCCAAUAACCAUCACAAUCAAGCGCCUCCAUAUCCUACCAAUAUUCUUCAAGGAAAAGGCCCACCUUAUUCUGUAGGUAAUACGAUGGGGUACGAUUCCAUGGCCAAUAAUAUUCAAAGAUUUCCAUGUGAUCUCAACUACACAUAUGAAGCGCACGCUGACAAUCACCAUUUCAAAGGCCUUCAAAGUUACUCGGCAACAAGCUUCGAGGAAUUCGCCCAUAAUUCACAAAUCAAUAUGUUCAGUCACUACGGCCACAUGUACGUUCAAGAUGCAUACAUGCACAAGUCUAAUAAUAUGAAUGAGCACAAUUCACUACAGUAUCACAAUCACAAUAUUCCGCAGAACCAGUACGAGGCGUAUAAAAAUACACCGGAGUGUGUCAACUCUGAGAGCAAGAAUGACACGCAAUACACAACUCUGAUGACGAUGCCAUAUCAAAAUAGCAAUAAGUUGCAAACCGUCGAGAAUGACGAGAACUGGUUCAGCCAUAGCACGCUGCUGGGCCUGGACAACGCCGACCACGCCGCCCAGGACGCCGCCGACCUGCACGCCCCGCCGGCGGACCCGCCGCCCGAAACCAACGCCUCCGAACCCACGGAAAACUUCGGGGAACUAAUUAAGAAAACUAUGGUAGAGUCUGUUACUGUGUAG